UUCUUCUUCCACUUAUUGUAAGAGGAAAAUGUUUCCACUGAAAAGUUUAUGUGGUGUUGAGAACGACAGCCCAAUCACGUUAAUGGAGGGUGACAAUUCCAUCAAGGUUUUAUCAGAGAGAAAAUCAAUGGAAGCCUGUAAGAGUCAUAAGGAAGCUGAAAGGAGGCGCAGGCAGCGUAUCAAUGCCCACUUAUCCACUCUCCGAUCUCUCGUUCCCAACACUACCAAGACGGAUAAGGCUUCGUUGCUGGCGGAGGUUGUCCAUCACGUAAGGGAGCUAAAGAGGCAAGUGGAAGACGUAGUGCGGGUCGACCGUGACGGUUGUUGCAGUGGUAUCCAACCGGAACUCGAGACGUCGCGGCCGCUUCCCGGGGAAUGCGACGAGGCGGCUUUGAGCUUUUGCGAUGAAGAAGGGAAGUUGUUGAAGGCGACGGUUUGCUGCGAGGAUAGGCCGGGUUUGAACCACGAUUUGAGUCGGGUGAUUAGGUCGGUCCAGGCUAAGGUGAUUGGGGCUGAGAUGACGACGGUUGGUGGGCGGACCCAGAGCGUUGUGGUGAUGCAAUGGAGCGGGGAUGAGGAGCAGAUUGGACUAUUGAAACGGGCUCUGAAGGAUGUGGUGGAGAACCAGGUUUCUAGGUUGGCCCAAGGUACGGGAAGUAAACGGGCUCGGAUUUUUGGGUCGAAUAAUGAAAUUGGUCAUGGUUUUUGGUAGGCUGAGGCAGUAUUUGAU